GUCAUGAUUCCAAAGCAAGCAGUCUCCUCUCCUCUCUGUGAGGCUUGACACUGGGAAGGAGAGAUUAGAAGAGGAGUAUCUCCACUUAUUCUGCUUGUUUGAAAACAUUCCCCUGCUUUUUCUCUUUCUUUCUCUGUCUCUCUGGUAUGACCCUGUUCAAGAGUGAAUAUCACAGCCUAAGACAUAAAACCAUGACUGGGGAAAUGAGAGCCAGCCGCCCAAAGGCGGGAACCAAGAGAGCCAGCAGUGAGGCCUACAGGCAGCCAUCUUAUUCCUCUUUCCCCCGUCUUCUCAGAUCUGACUAUGACCUGGAGUACGACAGCUAUCCAGAUGACCUCUACAACAGGUGUGUUGCCCAGUUCUACCUACAAUCACAGAUUUGCAUCAUGAGAGUGUUUGACUACCAGCGUGUCCCGGCCUCCAUGAUGCCAGCAGAGCCCAGCCCUCUGAAACGCUCGCGAGGCCCGUCUUCCGGCCUGCACCGCUCCAGAGACAGAGCACAGGGCAAGAGGAGCACGCAGCACACCGGUUCCACCAACACCAGGGUCAAGUUGAAGAUGGCAGAGCUGCUGGCCAUAAAGACGGAGUUGACUCUGAUCAAGGUGCAGAUUGAUGGUCUGCUGGACAGUGUUGACAAGAUGGACAGACAGAGGAAGGACCAAUCAGAUUCACCUCUGACCCGGGAGGGUAGUGUGUCGGACUCGGUGAGCAGUCUGGACGACUCCCCCACCAGCCUCCCCCAAAGACAGAGAGAGAGCCCGGAGCCGGGAGAGGCCAGCGAGGAUGAUCACCACCACCAGAACCCCCACCGGAUGAAUUACUCUGAUCUGGAGGAUGACAUGUGAGCCGAUCAGUGACUCAGUCGACUCGGUGACGACAGCAGCACCGACAGAUGCCGGCAUACUCCAGAGAGCAGGAAGAGAUCAUCUCUGAUGACAGUCUACAUGGACAGCACCCUCAAACAUACAAAGUCACAAAGUUUGAUCUUCAGUGAAUCUUUUCAUUUGAUUUAUAGGAAAUACCUCUCUGGUUUUCUUUCAUAUCUUCAUCACUCCUUUGCAACGAGUUCCUACCGACUAAUGGACAAAAAAUGGCAGCUUAAAAAAAUAAUAAAAAAUGUUGUUGCUUAAGGAAAGGGACUGACUGAUGCACAUUAGAUUAUUCAUAAGGUUUAUGUAUAACCUCAUCUACUAUUUCCAUAGGUGUCUAAAAACUGUCCAUAUCCACGUAAAUAAAGACAGUCAGUGUGACGACAGCUGUGUUAUCACUUGGCUCAUAAACACCAGGCUGACUGGCUUUAUUUGAAGCCAGAUGCUUGGAACUAUUAGCACAGCAGUUUACAUGGUUUUAUGUUGACUUGACUGACUGAAAAACUCAGUUGUAAAUCUAGAGGAGAGUACUGCUGUUGUUUGUGACCAGUGUGAGAAGUGAUACGUAUAUGCUGACUAGUGGCUACUUAGAGAACAAACCGCCAUGUUUUGUUAUUGUCAAUGACUUGAGGAGGAAUUCUUCUGAUUGCGUUAUCCUGGGGACCAUUUGGGCUGUCAAAAUGAUUUUUUUUCAUGUCACAACUAAAAACUGUUAUUCAUUGUAGAUUAUUCAUUUACCAUCAUUCAGACAUAAUGUUUACUACAGUAUAUUUAAAACCACAUUGUUUGAAAACAACUGUUUAAAGGGUACAUUUUAAUGAUCAAGAAAACAAAUCCAGACUGUAUUUACUCUGAAAAAAAAUCUGUGUUAGAUUCCCUUUGUUUUUAUUUUUCAUAAUUAUCUGUUUCAUGAAGUCUGGAGGUUUUUGUUUAUAACGUACUCAAUGUAAAGUACAUUGUGACAGUAGUAAAGGUAUGAUUAUUUUCAUAUACCUGAGUGGGCCUAUUUACCUGAUGAUACAUUUCAGGAGUAGUCUAUAGGCCUAGAAAUUUGGUCGUUUUUUGGAUUGGUAUUGUUCUAUUCAGCCUUGUUAAUUUCAUACAUGGUAACAACCGUAACUUAAUUGUUAGGCUAUUCUGUGAGUUGGCUGGACUUUAGAUGGAGAGGAAAUUGAUGUAUGAACAUUCGUCCUCUCAACACACUUUCCAUGAACUCAUUUUAAAGAAAAAACGUGUUUAA